UUUGCUUCACCGGGUUCCUAAUAGCUGCUUUUGAGAACUGUCUACGCUUUGACACGGCCUCUCACAGGCGUCACGUUUUUGUCGUUUGUCACGAAACGUCAACAAAAACUAAUCGAAUUUCUGUCGGCACUUUAAAGGCACUCCAACGCGCAAAACUUUUUUUGUUCUUGUUGUCGCUUGUAGUUUCCUCUAAGUACCUCACGUUAGCCACAAGAUGAGUAUCAAGUCCGAUUCUGAGCCAAACAACAAUGUGUCCAUUGAAGAGGAGGUACGGACUCUGUUUGUGAGUGGUCUACCAACAGACAUCAAACCUCGUGAACUCUAUCUGCUGUUUCGACCAUUUAAGGGUUAUGAAGGUUCACUGAUUAAAUUAACAUCAAAGCAGCCUGUUGGGUUUGUUACCUUUGACAGUCGAUCAGGCGCAGAGGCGGCAAAAAAUGCAUUGAAUGGGGUCCGGUUUGACCCUGAAAACCCGCAGACCCUCCGAUUAGAGUUUGCUAAAGCCAACACGAAGAUGGCUAAGAGUAAGCUGAUGGGCACACCGAACCCCACAAAUAUCCACCCAGCUUUAGGAGCACACUUCAUAGCACGGGACCCAUAUGACCUGACAGGGGCAGCACUGAUUCCUGCAUCUCCUGAUGCCUGGACUCCCUAUCCCCUGUACAGCACAGAGCUGACCCCUGGCCUGCCGCACACUGCAUUCACUUAUCCUGCCGCGGCCGCAGCUGCUGCAGCUCUGCACGCACAGAUGCGCUGGUAUCCCUCUGCAUCAGAGUCCUCCCAGCCUGGAUGGAAAUCUCGACAGUUCUGCUAAACAUAUGUACCAAUAUUCCCUCCAAAUGGAGUGAUCCCAUCUGAGCUCCUAAUUA